CUCCGACUGGCUGGUCCUCCAGGGAGAUUACCUGAGGAGAAACCCCAGCGGACGACAGACCUCCAGCUGCUGAAGAGGUUCUGACUGAGACACGAGUCUAGAGGACAGGUGGCUCGUUUUGCCUGAGAAAGACUGCUGUCAAGCUCAGGGACAACACACUUACGUGAAGACAGGUUCCACUGGAAGAUCUUCACUGACCAGUUGACUUUUCCAAACCAAGAAAGCCUUCUUCUAUAACAGGACUUAAAAAAGAAAGAAGUACAGCACGAGAGGAGAGAGACACAUGUCACACCAUGGCUCAAUAUGACCAGUUGGAAGACAAGCACUCUGUAGAUUUCCAUGACAACCCCCCUGCCCCAGAAAAUGUUGUUAAGGAGGAGGACAAUACUGUGUACUUUGUCUAUGACGAGGAGGUGGAGGUGGAGGAGGUGCCGGAACCUCCUCCAGAGCCGGUCAUCCUGGUCAACGACAAACCCCACAAGUUUAAGGACCACUACUGCAAGAAGCCCAAGUUUUGUGACGUCUGCGCUCGCAUGAUCGUCUUGAACAACAAGUUUGCUCUGAGAUGUAAGAACUGCAAGACCAAUAUCCACCACCAGUGCCAGUCCUACGUGGAGUUCCAGAAGUGCUUCGGUAAAAUUCCGCCGGGCUUCAGACGGGCCUACAGCUCCCCCCUGUACAGCAGUGACCAGCCUGACGCAGCCCAGGUCAACCGGAGUGACCCCGUCUUCGACACCCUGCGGGUCGGGGUCGUCAUGGCGAACAAGGAGCGUAAGAAGGGCUCUGAGGACAAGAAGAACAUGAUGAUGAUGAUGAUGGAGGAAGAGGAAGCCCAGCAACCUAAAGAGGAUGAGGAAGGCGGCGACGGGAAGCCUGAGGGUGACAAGAAGGGGGACAAAGCGGACAAAGCUGAUGACAAGAAUAAGAAGCAGAUGGGCACGUUCUCCCAGUCUCAUUACUACCUGGCUCUGUACCGUUUCAAGGCCAUCGAGAAGGACGACCUCGACUUCCAUCCUGGUGAUCGGAUCACUGUCCUCGAUGACUCCAAUGAGGAGUGGUGGAGGGGAAAGAUGGGGGAGAAGACAGGCUACCUGCCCACCAAUUACAUCAUCAGAGUGCGUGCGGGGGAGAGAGUGUUCAAGGUGACGCGCUCCUUCGUAGGGAACAGAGAGAUGGGGCAGAUUACUCUGAAGAAAGACCAGAUCGUGGUGAAGAAGGGAGAAGAGGUGAAUGGUUAUCUGAAGGUCAGCACUGGACGCAAACUAGGCUUCUUCCCUUCCAAUCUCCUCCAGGAAAUCUGAAUGUCAACCACUUACAGAAGAAAGACCACUAUUCUCUUCCUCUCUCUCUCUACCUCCCUAUCUCAAACUCGUCCUCUCUCAUACAACUAGUAGCACAACACCACACUGCAUUGGUCACACAAAAAAUCAGUUGAUCAACAGCACCCAAAUGGUGUAGUAUCUAAAGUGUUACUGUCCUGCAUACUAGUCCCUUUCUAACAUGCGAGCCUACUCUUUAACCAAGGUCUGCAGCUGGGUUAGGCUGAGCAUAAGAGAGUGGAGGGUGGGGGAUGAGAGUGUAAUCUAAUUCAGAAGACCCAGCCCAGUCACUGGGCGUCAGACAGGUUAGCAAGGGCAGAAGAGGAUAGGCAUGGUGUGUGACACAGGAGAGAAUGAGUAUGUGUGAAGGACAUGUGCAUGUCCAAAUCAAAAAUGAAGUAACAAUGAAGUAACAUUUGACUGAUGUUGUAUUUUUGGGGGGUCGUUAUUCAUAUUUUGUCAUGUUAGACCUGAUGCCUUUUAACUAGGUUUGUAAGUAUUUGUAGAAGGUGCAUAAAACCAAGGUAGUUUCUGUGACAUUUCAUGUUGAAUGAUCAUCAAUAACGUGUAUGCAUGUUCUGUUCUUUAAUCAUCAUGUUGGAAUGGUCUGGUUUAUUUUAAUGUCGCUGCUGUUGUUUCCAAACCAACAACAUGAUCUUCUUUUAUAACUGCCAUUGAUUCACACAACAGUGUUCAUCCCCACUCUUCCUCAACUCCUUUAUAAUCGUUUUUUGGACUUGCAAAGACAUUGAGGAAACAUGAAACAUCUAUAUAGGUUCACAAUUAGAAGUAAAAUUGUCUAUUUUUGUAUCACAAUUUUGUAUCAGUGAUUGGUUGGGAACUGUAUGAUUUGUGUUUUAUUUCUGACAAUGAGGCUGUGCAGAUUUAAGAAGAUUUCAGAGAUUUCAGCAAAGACAUCUCACUGAAAUUAGAAUGUCUGUCCUUAACAUCCAUUACAUAAAUAGAGAGGGUGCUCAGACGGCCGAAGCUUCCUGUGGGUUCGUCAGUCUGGAUGACGGUCAUUGGGCGCCCCCUACAGGCCAGUGUAAAUAUUGACAGACGCAGCAGAUGAAGGCUUUUCAAGCAUAGCGGCAUCACACCAUAAAUUAUUGUUUUAAUUUAUGGUGGUGUUUUUUUAUGGUGUUUUCCCAAUUAUGGUUUCCUGUGCAGUUUAAAUUGAGUCCGAAAAUGAUCACCCCCUUAUAGCUGGUUAUAAAUCCAUAAAAAUCCAUUUGAUAUUACUUCAUGUAUUUUGAUAGUUUUAUCUUGUGAACAUUACAAGUUUUGUUGUUGGCUUUUUAAGGCCUCUCUUGAUCUGAGUUAAUGCAACUACUUUUUUAGUUUAAAAAAGCAUAAUGUAAAUACAUUUGACUUGAACAAAUACUCAGAGGAAACACAUUGUGCUAUUUAUCACAUGCAUGUGGCCGGUAUCUGAGUGCCUGAACUCAAUUCAAUAAAAUAAUUGCAAUCUCAAACAUA